AUGUCAGAUUUUGAAGCGCUUUUACAAUUCAAUCGGAAAAGAGUAUCGCGGGAUAUGGUUGAAUUUUUAGAAGCCACCACCCAAUCUGUCGUCAGUGUCAGCGUUCAAGAUUCAAACAGACAAGCCAAACCGGUAGUAUCAUUGGCGGAAUUUAUCCAAGGUCUAGUGACGCAGUCUAAUGUGCAAGUGCCGACCUUAAUGUCAACAACCAUUUAUCUGAGCAAACUCAGAGCCAUAAUGCCUUUCAAUGUGCAUGGGAUAGAAACAACAAAGCAUCGCAUUUUCCUAGGUUGCCUGAUAGUGGCAGCUAAAACUUUGAACGACUCUAGUCCGCUGAAUCGUCACUGGGCUUCUUAUACUAAUGGACUUUUAAACACUCGCGAAGUCAACACUCUGGAGCGUGAACUUCUGGAAUACUUCGAUUGGAACCUCAAUUUUACGACCCCCGAGCUUAUCACUUGUCUUGCGCCGUUGCUAGCACCGAUAAAAGCUCAGAUCUCCUCACAACGUCAAGAAAUGCUAUAUUUCAAUUUACCUUCCCUACCGCAGUCGAAGAUAGGCCAUUACAACGCUGAAAUGGAUACUCGCUCUCUCAGCAGCAUGUCGCUUCCUUCGUUGAUCUCGAGUGCAACAAUGUCGACAAUUUCGACAAAGGAUUCGAGAGAAUCGCGAAAAACGCCCAUGAUUCCUACUUCCAGGUCUACACAAUUACGCCGACCAGAUAAUGGCAGCCCGAUCACCUCCAAGAGCCCUUCGAAACAAUCUACUGCACAAUAUGAAAAAAGUCGUCUUGCUAGGCCUAUCAUUAUAAAAACUGGCUUGCCCACACCUACUGAGCAUAGCACCGAUUCUACACAGUUUGGAAAGAGGUCGCGAUGGGCUUCAGUCAUGAGAUAA